AUGUGUGGGAUAUUCUUUUCGAUAUCGACAAAGUACACGCCACCGACAAAGGAGACUAACACUCUACUCCAAAAGCGAGGUCCCGACAGCUGCCAAAAACAUACGGUGCACAAGGGAAUCCCGACACAAGAUGGAUUGUCGCAGCCCCUGUCUCACCACCUCACAUUCAUAUCGACGGUCCUCGCGUUACGAGGAGACCAUAUUUACAACCAGCCACUCGUAGACCCCGCCACAGAGUCAGUACUUUGCUGGAAUGGGGAAGCAUGGAAUAUUUCCGGCGAGCGGGUCCAAGGCAACGAUACGCAGCAGGUCUUCGAAUUGUUUUUGAAUGCCGUGAGCUGCGAUCGUAAGAAGGCCCUUGGUGGACUGGCCGAUGCUGUUGCAAGUAUUACUGGGCCCUUUGCUUUUGUGUUCUACGAUGCGAUCAAUUCACGGGUCUUCUUUAGCAGAGAUUGUCUGGGCCGGAGAUCUCUCCUGCAAGGCUUAGAUGAGGAUGGAGCUCUGAAGAUUUGCAGCCUGUGUGAUGGAUCUUCGUCUACAUCCUUUGAAGAGGUUGGCACCAGUGGUGUAUAUAUGAUCGACCUUGAAGCACAGCAAGAUCCUCUUUCUGCUUUCAGUGGAAGAUAUAGGAUUGAGACCCUGCCCUGGAGUUCUGAAUCCUCACCCCCAGAGGGACACCUUGUUGGUCUCAAAAUCUCACCGUGGAUAAAACGACAGCUGACAAAUUCUCAGAAAAGCCCAAUACCACCAAUGAACAUGUCUAUUCCGGAGACACAGCCCCCGUUAUUAACCUUGGAGACCGAGGCUAUCAUAGACCUUCAGUCAAGACUCCGUCAAUCACUGGCUCUCCGAGUUGAAAAUGUUCCUGAGCCUCCAAACUACGUCAAGGGCGACAGUGCGAAAAUCGCAGUCCUCUUCUCUGGCGGACUCGACUGCACUCUUCUUGCCAGGCUCUCUCACGACAUUAUUCCGCUCGACGAACCCAUCGACCUACUUAAUGUCGCUUUCGAAAAUCCACGAGUAGCCGCUGCAGCAGCUAACUCAAACCACCAAUCUUCGUCGUCAUCCCCCCAAAGCCCCUUCUCGAUUUACGAAGCAUGCCCCGAUCGCAUGACUGGCCGUUCGGCUUUUGUCGAACUCCAAAAGACCUGUCUAGGGCGCACCUGGCGAUUCAUCGCCAUCAACAUCCCCUAUACCGAAACCCUCGCACACAGAGACCAAGUCAAGCGUCUUAUGAGACCCCACAACACCGAAAUGGAUCUCUCUAUCGCAUGCGCCCUGUACUUCGCGUCGCGCGGUCAAGGCACAUGCUAUACUUCGUCCUCGGAUCCUAGUAUACCAUCAGAAGACAUCUACACAACCUCCGCACGCGUUCUCCUCUCUGGCCUCGGUGCCGACGAACUCUUUGCGGGAUAUGGUCGUCACGGUGUCUCUUUCAACCGCAACGGUUUCGAAGGACUGGUCGCCGAGAUUCAUCUCGACGUCAGCAGACUCGGACAGCGCAAUCUCGGUCGUGAUGAUCGAGUUCUGUCACACUGGGGCCGGGAAACCCGGUUUCCAUUCCUAGACGAAGACUUCGUUGCGUGGACGCUCCGCAUGUCAGUCUGGGAAAAAUGCGGAUUCGGUCUUCCAGAGCCUGUUGUCAGCAAUGGCGAGGAUCAAGCUGGAAUUACAGCUGGUAUUGAUGCCGAGAAGAUGUCUCUUCGUCUUGUAGCGCUUCGAUUAGGCUUACAGCAAGUUGCGCGUGAAAAAAAGAGAGCUAUUCAAUUCGGUGCGAGGACUGCAAAAAUGGAGAAAGGUCGGACAAAGGGGACUGAUGCGUUGAGUUGA